AUGGUUUGGUUUGGACAAGUGGUAAUUGGUCCUCCGGGGAGUGGGAAGUCAACAUAUUGUGCUGCAAUGAAAAGUAAACUUUUAUCUAAAAAUCGCAAGUGUAUUAUAAUCAAUUUGGACCCUCAAGUUACAUUACAUGAGUUGCCAUACCAGCCUGACAUCAAUAUCACUAACUUAAUCGAUGCCGAACACGUCUCAAACACUCUCAAUCUAGGACCUAACGCAUCGUUGUUGUAUUGUAUGGAAUAUUUAUUCGAGAACUUGGAUUGGCUCUUGGAACAAAUUUCACUCCACAAGGACUCUUAUUUAUUAUACGAUUUACCCGGACAAGUUGAACUCUUCAUCCAUCACAAUGCUCUUAAAGAUAUUAUAUCCAAAUUACAGUCCAAGAAUCAAAGGUUGGUGCAAAUGAAUUUGAUUGAUUCGACGUUGUGUUGUGACCCUUUUAAAUACGUUGCAUCUUUGUUAUCUUCGCUGAGUAGUCAAAUAUUCAUACAGCUGCCGCACAUUAACGUACUGAGCAAGUUGAGUCUUCUGAAGGAGGUGGAGGCUGAGAUGGCAUACAGACUGGAGUACUAUACUGAGGUUCAGGACCUCCAGUCACUGAUGAUAGCGCUGAGGUACAACUUCAAACUCCCUAAUUUGAAAAAAUUCGAACGAUUCACAUCAACUCUGUGUGAAAUAAUAGAGGAUUUUAACCUCGUGUCCUUCCACACAAUGGACGUUCAAGACGAUGAAUCCAUCGAAUUUAUACUCUCCAACGCAGAUAAAGCUGUUGGGUUCAUUCCCUUUAAUCAUUACGAUUUUAGAUUCAACUCCUAA